AUGGACAGGAAACCAGAUUAUCUGAGAUGGACCAAGGAGGCCCUGAUCAAACGUGUUCAUGAACUCGAGGCAGAGCGCAUCAAAACCUCUGCUUCUGCUUCAGCAUCGGCUGAUGUUGCUGCUGCUGUUACCUCGUCGGCUCCUUCUCAGGCAUCCCAGUCGCGAGAAGCACCGUCAGGCGCAGCGUCCGGCGACCGCGCGCUGAAGCCCAGAAAGAGGAACACGGACAAGAAGAUUGACCCCUCCAAGUACACAACCCGUCUUGUUGCCUUCAAGCUUGCAUACAUUGGCAAGAAUUAUGGCGGCUUCGAGUUUCAGGCCAGCUCGUCGCUCUCGACCAUUGAAGAGGAGCUCUGGAAAGUGCUCGUCAAGAGCUGUCUUAUCAUGCCGAAGGACCCGGGGGAGGUCCGCUGGGAGGACUGGGAGUAUAGCAAGUGCGGGCGCACAGAUCGUGGCGUGAGUGCUUUCGGACAGGUCAUUGGCAUUAGGGUGAGGAGUAAUCGGCCGCUGCCGAAGGAGAAGGAAGAGAAUGCAGCUUCAGAAGACGACGAGAUUCAGUACUGCAAGCUCCUGAACCGUCUGUUGCCCUCAGAUAUCAGGGUACUGGCCUGGUGCCCGACUGUCCCGGCACAAUUUUCAGCUCGUCAUGACUGCAAAGAAAGGCAAUAUCGAUAUUUCUUCACGCAGCCGGCUUACUCGCCUAUUCCAAAGAGCCUUGAGCACCCCGAGGCGACGCCGAAGAUCAAAGAUGGCUGGCUUGACAUCGAAGCUAUGCGGGAAGCGGCCAAGAAAUUUGAGGGCGCCCACGACUUUCGUAAUUUCUGCAAAAUCGAUCCGAGCAAGCUGAUCAAGAACUUUGAGCGGAGGAUCUUCGAGUGCGAUAUUGUCGAGGUGAAAGAUUCGGAAACAGCGCUGCCAUACCUGAGCCGGCAGGAGUUCCAGCCUACGCCCACCGGGACCGACAUGGCGGAGGAGACAAAAUGUCCCAAGGUCUACUAUUUCCACGUCCGGGGCUCAGCCUUCUUGUGGCACCAGAUCCGGUGCAUGGUAGCUGUGAUCUUCAUGGUGGGGCAAGGGUUGGAAAAGCCCGAGAUCGUGGACCAGCUACUCGACUUCAAGGCACAGCCGAGAAGGCCGAACUACGUGCUGGCAAACGAGCACCCGUUGGUCCUGUGGGACUGCAUAUUCCCCAAGGAGGGCGACGCAGAGCGGAAAGACGCCAUUGACUGGGUAUGGCUGGGCGAGGACAACCCAUUGAAUAAGCAUGGAGCGUUCGGACUUGUGGACGACAUGUGGGAGUUCUGGCGAGAGAGAAAGAUGGACGAGAUACUGUCUGGCCAGCUCCUGGAUAUCGUGGCUGGGCUAGCAGACAUCAACAAGAGGCUGGACCCCAGGGCGCCGCCGCACGUAGCUCUCAGCCAGAGGACCUUCGAGGGCGGUAACAGGGAGCGCCUGGUGGGCAAAUACCGGCCCAUGUCACAGAAGUCUACCCUGCCGUCGCCGGAAGAGACAUAUGACCGGGAGGCCAAGCGAAAGGGGUACAGAAACGCUGACCACUGGCGGGAAGAACGAAAGAAACCAAAGUUUACCAAGAAAGACGACGUAAGCGAACAGUCGGGGUGA